AUGUCUCCUUCGUUCCCUUCCAUCACAUUUCCAAAUCAUUGGACGCUAGUGACUGGAUUGUACCCAGAAGCACACGGCAUUGUCGCCAAUGAAUUUUAUGAUCCUGCCUUUCAGCAAACAUUUAUUCAUAAACAACCCGAGAUCAGUGGUGAUCCUAAAUGGUGGGGUGGGGAGCCUAUUUGGAUCACAGCCAAAAAUCAAGGUAAAAAAUCAGCUGUAAUAAUGUGGCCUGGUUCCAAUGUGCCUAUUCAAGACACUCGCGCUGAUUAUUAUGUUGAAUACACAAGAGCCACGACUGCUCAUGGUAAAAUGGACAUUGCUUUAAGUUGGCUUGAUUUACCAAGAGAACAAAGACCUCAGUCUAUUUCUAUUUAUAUUCCUCAAGUAGAUCAAAAGGGACAUGGUGGAGGACCAGAUGGAAAGCAGUUGAAUGGUGUAUUGGCAGACAUGGAUAAUGCGAUAGGGCAUUUAAUGGAUGGUUUAGAACAAAGAAACCUUCAAGACCAUGUUCAUCUUGUCGUAGUAAGUGACCACGGUAUGGCUGCUUCAGAUAAAUCUCGUUUGAUCUUUUAUGACCAUAUCUUGUCUCCACUGUCUGAAUCCUAUCUGAGUGAAAGAGAAGCAUGGCCCUUACUUGGAUUACGCCCCAAACCAGAUGCACCCUCACACGCUUUAGAUCAAAUCUAUCAAGAGAUUCAAGACUACAUUCAACUUCAUCCAAACCCUCAUUUCAAAGUCUAUAGACGACAAGAAAUGCCUGCUCGGUUCCAUUACAAUGCUACAGAGCGUAUUGCACCCAUUGUGUUAAUACCUGACGUAGGCUAUUCUAUCAUUCGAAGCAAUGAGUUCAAACCAACAGAAAAGAAGCCUUAUUAUAGUCCAAGAGGUAUUCAUGGCUAUGAUAAUUUAGCACCUGAAAUGAGAGCCAUCUUUGCUGCCCGAGGACCUAAACUGACCCAAUAUCAAGCUGGCACGAUUGUCAAGCCUUUUUUUAAUGUGGAAAUGUAUCGCUUCUUGACCAGCUUAUUGAACUUGACUCCAGCACCGAACAAUGCAACAUUAGACGGCGUAUUUGAGGCACUUUAA